UUUCAUUCCGCCUGCUUUGUGUUUGUAAUAUUCAAACGUCUCUCCACCUGCGUCGGCUGCGUAAUGGUGCGGGGCCCCUCUGGCCGGCGUUCGUCGGAGUGACCGGCAUGGCUUGGUCCAGCGCGAACACCAGCAACGCCAGUUCGGAGGCCGUCCCGGCCGGGGACGAGCCCCGCGACGAGCGGCUGGCUCGCCUGGAGAUAGCCCUGCUGUCCAUCAUCUUCGUCGCCGCGGGGCUCCUGAACUUCGGGCUCCUGCUGGCGCUGUGGAAGCGGCGGAAGCAGCUCUCCAGGAUGCGCGUCUUCGUCUUGCACCUGUGCGUCGCCGACCUGGUGGUCGCGUUCUUCCAAGUGUGCCCGCAGCUCAUGUGGGACAUCACUGACAGAUUCAUCGGCCCGGACAUCCUGUGUCGCCUGGUGAAGUACCUGCAGGUGGUCGGGAUGUUCGCCUCCACCUACAUGAUCGUGGUGAUGACCAUCGACCGCUACCAAGCCAUCUGCAACCCCAUGGUGACUUUCCAGCGGAAGAGGGCGCGCUGGAACGGCCCCGUCUGCGCCGCCUGGUGCGUCUCCUUCGUCGGCAGCCUCCCGCAGGUCUUCAUCUUCUCCCGGGUCGAGGUCGCUCCGGGGGUCUACGACUGCUGGGGUCAGUUCGUCGCGCCGUGGGGGCUGAGGGCCUACGUGACCUGGACCACUCUGGUGAUAUUCGUCCUGCCGAUUCUCAUCGUGAUCGUGUGCCAGGUGCGCAUCUGCCGCGCCGUGCACGCCAACAUCCACCUGAAGGCGCGCCACCACGCCGGGGCUGCGGGGGAGGCGGCGAGCAGGCCGCUGUCCUCCCGGGCGAGCUGCGUGGUGGGGCUGUCGAAGGCGCGGGUCAAGACGGUGAAGAUGACCGUGGUGAUCGUGCUGGCCUACGUCGUCUGCUGGACGCCGUUCUUCACCGUGCAGCUCUGGUCCGUCUGGGACGCCGAGGCGCCCACCCAGUCGGCCACCUUCACCAUCCUGAUGCUGCUGGCCAGCCUGAACAGCUGCGUGAACCCCUGCAUCUACCUGGUGUUCAGCGGGAAGCUGCCCGAGAGGCUGGUCGCCCUCAUGUGUGUGGACGAGGCCGACCUGAAGGAGUCCAUGCAGGAGGAGGCCACCAUGGUCAGCUCCCUGUACAUCAGCCUCAAAGGCCUUUCAGACUGCAGGUAGAACGCAGAGGGACAAUCCCCUGUUUUUGUUUUUUGUAUUUUGUUCACUUUAUGGUUGGCUUUUGCACGUCGAGGAGCGGGAACCAGGGGAAAUCUCCUGAUAAUCGUGAGGAUAUUUCAGCAGACGUCUCUCUUCCUCUACAAAUGAUCGAUGCUCAGCGUGAGUCGGGGAAGAGAACGGCUAAUGUUUGGAGCUGCACAGCCUUAGACUGAAAUGCUCAAACUGAGUGAGUCGGCGUCAGACAGGAAAACAGAAAAAGUUUCAAACUCAACUUCGUAGACGUGACAACUGAAGUGCGUCGCACAAAUAAGAAUGGAAUUGAUGCAUUUAUGCAUCGGCUGCCACAAGAAAAAGGAAAAAGAAAAUCUGUUAUUGACAGUUAAAUUCCUUUGCCACUCGAGUUUAUGUUUGCACGGUUCUUGACGCGUAUUUUAAAAGAUAAAAAUAAGCGUAAUGCAUUUAUUGGUAGAAAAUGUUGCGUUGAGCUUUCACUUUUUGUGUGUUUCAGUUGUGCUUUGUGCUUCAUUGGAAACGUAAACACGUCGAAGACGUCCGACUCGUGUUUUCACGAAUCUGUGAAUCAAGCGAAUCUGUGGAAAAGAUUUCUUUGUAGUAAAAAUUGUUGAGAAAUCUCAACAUUCCCGGUCAGUCUUUGUCAUCUGGGCAAAGACUGAUAGUAAAUUUCUACCAAAAAAAACUCAGAGGUUUUGAAAUGAAUCUCAGAAAAAUUCUAGAAGUUUCUGUGCUCCAAAAGUCAAAACAUUGUGAGAAAAUUCUCAGGAAUUUUGAGACUAAUCUUGGAAAUUGUCUUGAAAUUUCUGAGUUGGAAGUUGAAAAUGUUUUACUUUUAAAUCUCAGAAAAUUUAAUUUUUUUUCUAAACCCCACCUCCCCCCAAAAUAAACAAACAUCUUAGAUUAAUUUCAAAAUUUCAGAGGUUUUUGAUGGAAAUGCCCUUCUUCAUUUACACUGGCCCUAAUACUCAGUGGUAGCUUUUCUAUGUAGAUCUGAGCAGAGAGUAAAGAGAAUAACUUUAAAUGCUAACAAAACGUUGCAGUUUGAUCCAUCCCCUUUCAUGCUGUUGUCUGAUCAGCUGUUUGAAGAUGGGAAUCUCUGCACUGAGCCACAAAGUUUUCCCAGUAGCAUGAACACAAAGAAUUUGUAUUUUUAACACAAAACCAUAUCUGACUUAAGAGAUGAAUGAAAUCUUUGUAGCUUUUUUUUUUAGUAGACAAAAAAA